AAUAUACCAGUUUGAGUAGCUGACCAGUACAAUGUUGAGUAUAAAAGGACCCCCAUGGAACAAGGGUGGUCAGUUCAGAACAUCGCUUCAUCAGCUACAUCCACCUUCCAACUCGUUGUAAGGCAUCUGAACUCUCCACCAUGCAUACCCUUGUGUUUCUGAUGCUCGUCACCUACAGCUCUUGUCUGGCACACUACAGAGGAUCCUAUGAAUCACGGAACUACAUUACCAGAGAAGAACCAAAAGGAGUGCUGAUCGAAUGCCCCGUGUGCCCCUCGGAAGGCUGGGAUGCCAUCGAGGAAGUCUGCAUAAAGGAAGGCGACAAAUCCUACAAAUUGUGCCGAUUCGGUACCUACAUCAACACAGCAUGCAACAAUCGUCUUGACUGCCUCCGUGGUCCUCGUGAAAAAUGCACCGAGAAACACGUAUUCAACAGAUCCAACAAGAAGUGCACGUUCGGCUAUGAAUGCAACCAGAAGGAGGGCGUGUGCACCGGCCCUGAAAAUCGCCCUGAAAUCUACUGGCCAUACCGUUUUGGACUCUACCCCGACCGUCGCAGCUCAUCAAAAGGCACUGCUGAAGAAGCUUUCGAAGAUAUGACCAACUAAUUAUAAAUAUUGAUCUCUACUCUUCUGAUUACGAAACAUUCCACUUUUCUGAUCUCAUUUAUCUAGUCAUUAUUUAUUACGCUUAUAGGUACUUUGUUAUACAACAGUCCUGAUGAAAGGAUCUCAAUAAUUAUGAUUUUUUGUACGAACUAAUCUGAUAAUAUAACUUAUAUAAAAGCA